UUUUUUCUUUCUAGCAUGCACUUCUGUCUUUACCUGGGGCAGAUUUUACUGCAGGCACUCGCUCUUACUACAAAGCAGAAUUCCAUACGGGAGGAAUAUGGAGCACUGGAUUUUCCUGCAUCUUAGAUGAGACAGGAACUCUCUAUUGGAUACACAAAAGUUCUGAGUUUCUCCAAGGAAACAAUAACUCCCUGGCAGGGAGAAUGCACACCAUAAUGGGUUUUACCAGCAGAGGAAUCCUUCUAUUAGUCAUACUGUUACAUUACUAUUCUGCUUGUCAAGAAAGUCCAAGGAAUGAAGAUCCUCCUCCUUUCAACUUUACUCAGAGUUUGUACUAUGCAACCAUCUAUGAAAAUUCUGCCCCAAAAACCUAUGUGGCUAGCAAGGUAAAAAUGGGAAUUUAUCUUAAAAAUAUUCAAUCGUCAAUAAAAUAUCGAAUUGUAUCAGGGGAUGCCACCGGCCUGUUUAAAACAGAGGAUGUAGUGGUUGGAGACUUCUGCUUUUUGCGUAUAAGAAUACGGAGUGGUAACUCAGCACUUCUAAACAGAGAGGAUAAAGACAACUAUCAGCUUAUAGUCCAUGCCUCAGGGAAGUCUUUACUGUACGAAGCCAGGGUUAAAGUCAUCAUUCAAGUUUUGGACACAAAUGACUUGAAACCACUCCUAUCAAAAUCAGCUUAUCAAUUUAAAGUCACAGAAGAUGCUGCUCUCAAAAAAUUUGUUGGUAAAAUAAGUGCCACAGAUGCAGAUAUAGGACAAAAUGCAAUGUUUUUUUAUACUUUUAGUACCAAGACCCCAUUUUUCUGCAUUCAUCCAAUUAGUGGUAUUGUCAUGUUGACUGGGAGAUUGAAUGCCACUGAAAAAUCUCGUCACAGUCUUCAAAUUCUAGUAGUUGACCGCAUGAAGAAGAUUUCCUUUGGAGAUGGCUUUGGGAAUGUAGCUUCUCUGGAAGUCUUGGUGGAGCCUGCAGUCAAAAAAACUCCUUUUAUUGCAUCUGUAACAACAAAAAUGCCAGAUUUAGCAGACAGGCUGCUUUAUGCCACAGUCAUUAUGGACCAGGCACAUUCUGAAUGUAGCAUAGAUUCUUUGGAGAUUGUUGCUGGAGACCCAUUAAACUAUUUUAAGGUGGUGCGUUCACAUGUAGGGAAAAAUGAAUUCACAAUAGUCUCUACUGCCCAGAUUAACUGGAUACAAAACCAACAAGGGUUUAAUCUCAGUCUUCAAGCCAAAGACAAAAGCAAACCACCAAUAUAUUCACCAGUGGAAACCAUUCAUAUUCCUCCUUGGAGAUUUGGUUUAGCAAGGUUUAAGCAGGAACUUUACAAAGUCCAGAUUAGUGAAUGUGCCCCUCCAGGAAGUCAUGUUACUUUGUUAAAAAUUAUUCCUGCCAUUCCAACCGUAGAUUAUCAUUUUAAAGCUCCUACAGAUAAAUUUAAAAUAUUCUCCAAAACUGGUUUAAUUGUUACCAAUAGCCAUAUGGAUGUAAAAGAUCAGUCUCAGUUUCAGUUGGAAGUGAUUGCACUUAAUGGGAAAAUUUCAUCCACAGUUAUUGUUGACCUUAUAGACUGUAAUAAUCAUGCUCCUGUAUUUACAAAGUCUUCAUGUCAUGGAACUUUCAAUGAAAAUAUCCCUGUAGGAUCAAGAAUUUUACAGGUUACUGCCACUGAUGCAGACCUUGGAAAUAAUGGUAAUAUCACCUAUACUCUUGCAAGCCCAAAAGGUACCCCAUUUGAAAUCAAUCAAUUCACUGGUGUCAUAACCAAUAACAGGAUGCUUGACUAUGAGUUAACUCAAAGGUGGUAUCGCCUGCGUGUUUGGGCAUCAGACUGGGGGUCACCAUUCCGUCAACAAAGUGAGGUGUUUAUAUCUCUCAUCCUGAACAAUCUAAAUGACAACUCUCCGAUGUUUGAACAAGUGAACUGCAAUGUACACAUUCCAAGAGACAUCUCUAUUGGAGAAAAAGUGGUUGCCCUCUCUGCUGUGGACAUUGAUGAGCUUCAGAAUAUCCAAUAUGAAAUUCUUUCUGGCAAUGAGCAACAUAAAUUCAAAAUAGAUCCUACCUCAGGAAUUAUUACUGUUGGGGGUGCUUUUUAUGGUUUAUCUGAUCUGCAUUCUUCCAAUUUCUCUCUUAUCGUCACUGCCAAUGAUGGUGAAAAUUAUGCCUUGCCUACUGUAGUUAAUAUCACAAUAUCUAGUGAGGCUUUGCCUGUUUCUGUAAAAUGUGAAGACACAGGAGUGGUAAAUAAAAUAGCUGCAACCAUCAUAGAUUCACUUGAUAGGCACUCACAAGAUCAGAGCCAGGAGGAAGACACCCCCUUCAAUAUCUACCUUAUAAAUAGUUGUACACCACAAUUUAAUGAUGAUUUCCCGCUAUCCAUUGAUGUUGCUGAAGACACUCCAAUCAACUCAUUUAUCAUUCAACUAUCUGCCUCUGAUACUGAUACUGGAUUAAAUGGUCACCUUGUUUAUGUAAUUUCUGAAGGAAAUGAUGAUGGUUGCUUUGUCUUGGACAUGGAAACAGGGAAAUUAAUGGUUUCUUCAUCAUUGGACAGAGAAAGAACUAGUUCCUAUAUUCUCAAUGCUACAGUAUAUGAUCUUGGAGUACCUCAGAAGUCCUCUUGGAAAAUUUUAGCUGUAAACUUGCUGGAUGCCAAUGAUAAUGCACCCAUUUUCCCUAAAUCUGGAUAUUGUGUUGCAAUACCAGAGGAUGCUAAAAUAGGUACCUCUAUUCUUAAGGUAAGAGCAGAUGAUCUUGACAUAGAAGACAACGGCAAAGUAAUAUACUCACUUCUGACACCUACAGAAAAAUUUGGAAUUGAUAGUCAAACAGGAGAGAUAACAGUCAAGGGUACCUUAGACAGAGAGACAUUCACAUCAUAUACGCUUAAAAUCGAAGCCAAAGAUCAACCUACAAAGGGCAGGCAACUAUUUUCUGUUACUGAUGUUGUUGUAUCUUUGGAAGAUGUCAACGACAAUACUCCACUCUGCAGGCCUGUGACAGCAAAUGUGAAGACUCCUGAAGAUAUUCCUUUAGGGACUACACUAUACUUUGUUGAAGCUCUAGACAUGGAUGUUGGUUCUAAUGGAGAAGUCUCCUAUUCUCUUAUAAAUGAUGAGAAUGGGAUAUUUCAAGUGGAUAAAUUAACAGGCGCUUUAACGCUACAGAAAAAACUGGAUUUUGAGAAAAGGUCUUUUUACAACUUAACUGUGAGAGCUACAGAUGCUGGGUACCCAUUUUCUCAUUCCUCAGUUUGUCAUGUUGAGUUAGAGGUGUUGGAUGUUAAUGAGAAUAUACACACUCCCUACAUUCAAUCCUUUGUGUUUCUUGGGUCAGUACAAGAGAACUCUCCACCAGGGACUCAAGUUCUCUCCAUUACAGCUACGGAUGAAGACAAAGGGAAAGAUGGGGAGAUACAAUAUUCAAUAAGGGAUGGCUCUGAUAUUUCCAUCUUCAGUAUCAAUGAAGAAACAGGUGCAAUUAGGACUGAGGCUCCUCUGGACAGAGAAUCCGUUUCUCAUUAUUGGCUAACAGUCUAUGCCACAGACCUGGGGUCCAUUCCUCUAACCUCAGUUGCAGAAGUUUACAUUGAAGUUACUGAUAUCAAUGAUAACAUCCCUCAGCUGUCUCAGGCUGUGUUCUAUGCUUCAAUAACUGAAAAUUCACAGCCUGAUGUCUCUGUGUUACAACUGGAUGCUUUUGACUCAGACUUUGUUUCUGCUGGCAAAAUUUCUUUUCAGUUCUCCAAUGGGAAUAGCCAAGGAUUCUUUGCCCUGAACCCAUCUACAGGCUUGAUCUCGACAACAGCAAAACAGUUGGAUCGGGAAAAUAAAGAGGAACAUAUCCUUGAGGUUACUGUGUCUGAUAAUGGGGUGCCUCUACUACAGUCUACCUCCCGUGUGGUCAUUGAAGUGCUUGAUGUGAAUGACAAUCCCCCAAUGUUCCCUCAGAAACUUUUCACAGUUCAGCUUCCAGAGAGGCCUCUCUUAUCUGAUCCUGCCCCUGUCUACCGGCUUGUAGCUAUGGACAGGGAUAAGGGAGUCAAUGCUAAAGUAACAUACAGUAUUAUUGAGAACUCAGGAGAUAUGUUUACCAUUCAGCCAUCCACUGGUGUUAUCUCCUCUAAAGGACCCUUUCCUGCUGGAGAGUACACUAUACUGACGGUAAAAGCAGCAGACUGUGGCAGCCCUGCUCGAUCAUCCACUGUACGACUCCACAUCGAAUGGAUCCCAAAGCCUGACCCUUUAGAAGAGCCCCUUGCUUUUGAGGAGCCCCACUAUAGUUUCCAAGUCAUGGAAACUGAUCCGGUGAACCACAUGGUGGGUUUAAUUGGCACAGAGUCCAUCAAUAAUCAAGUCUGGUUUCAGAUCAUAGGUGGUGAUGAUGACCUGGACUUUGACAUAGAUAUGACAACUGGUGGUUUGGCAAUAGCCCAACCUUUGCACGCAAGCAAGAAAUCAAAUUAUAUUCUAACUGUUGAGGUCACAGAUGGAUCUAAUUCUGUUAGCACGCAGGUUUUCAUUGAUUUGGUCCCUUAUAAUCGCCACCUGCCCGAAUUUUUGGAAAGCCACUAUGAGGUUCAAGUAUCUGAAGAUGUACCCUUUGGAGAUGAGAUAGCUAAGAUCACUGCAACAGAUAAGGACAGUGGAAACAAGCUAAUCUUUACCAUCCAGAGUAGUGCAGAUCCAAGAAGCUCAAAAAUGUUCCGUCUUGAUCCAAACAGUGGCACCCUAUUCACCACAGAGGCUUUGGAUUAUGAAACUAUUCCCAUUCAUAUUUUGACUGUCAUGGUCCGAGAUCAAGAAAUCCCAAUUAAAAGGAAUUUUGUCCGGGUCACUAUUCAGGUACAGGAUAGUAAUGACCACCCCCCUCGUUUCAUUCGUUUUAUGUAUGAAGUAAGUCUACUAAACUCUGCUCCCAUCACAACAGAAGUAGUGCAAGCCAGGGCCACUGACUUGGACCAGGGGAUCAAUGCAAUCAUCCGCUACUCUAUUCUGUCAGGUAACACAGAGGGAUAUUUUGCAAUUGAUCCAACUUCUGGUGUUAUAUCUGUAGCAAAAGCAUUGGAACACCCUUCAAAGAACCACUUUAUAAUGACAGUAGUGGCAAUAGACCAAGGGACACCACAGUUUCAGGAUACAACCACGGUUAAUAUUUAUGUCAAGCCAUCUGAUGCCUCACCUCCUAGAUUUGUGUCUGCUGAGUAUGUGGUCGAGAUGAGUGAACUAAUGCCCAUAGGCUCUUUUGUUGCUAUGGUAUCCGCAACUAGCUGGUCUUCCAUUAAUUAUGAAAUCAGAGAUGGCAACACUGGGGGCGCUUUUUACAUUAACUGCUACUCUGGCAUCAUAUCCACCAUGAUGAAAUUGGACUUUGAAACCACUUCUUCCUACCAACUCAAAGUGCGUGGUAACAGUUCUCUGGGCUUUUACAGUGAAAAUACAGUGUUUAUCUAUAUUAUUGAUGAGAAUGACAAUGCACCUGUAUUUUCCCAAGUGAUGUAUACAGGACAGAUUAGUGAAGAUGCAGUAGUUGGAAGCAUGGUCACUAAUAUAGACCUUACUCCUCUGAUCAUUCAAGCUUAUGACAAUGACACUGAGUCCAAUGCUUUACUAACCUACCAGAUCCUAGAUCCAGAGGUUCUCAAGUAUUUCCAGAUUGAGCCAAAUAUGGGAACUAUUUUUACAACAGCUGAACUUGAUUAUGAACUUACCAAGGAAUUUAAUUUUAUUGUACAUGUACAUGAUGGGGGUCUGCCAAGUUUUUAUGCUUCAACACCUGCAAAAGUCACAAUACAGGUGUAUGACGUUAAUGAUUCACCACCUAGAUUAAUAAGGGACACUUAUGAAUUGAAUCUUUAUUUACCAGCUUACCAAAGCAUGGAGAUCCUUCAUGUAGAAGCUAAGGAUGAUGACUCCAUGGUAACAUAUAGUAUUUCUGAAGGCAAUGAGGAUAAUGCUUUCUUUGUUGAGCAAAGCACUGGACUUCUGACUUUAAAUGAUCCUUCCCUUUUGAAUGCAUACUGUGAACUUACAGUAAAGGUAUCAGAUGGAUUGUACUAUGAUACCACUUUGGUAAAAAUUAAUGUGACGGACAUACAAGAUAGCAGCUUGAAAUUUGAUCAAAAUUACAACAAAGCUCGGGUGUUAGAAAAUGAUGCUCAGGUUCAGGUUUUGACUGUACUGGAUGUGGUGGGUAUCCAUCUACAUGAACCACUUUAUUUUUCAGUCCUUACAUAUACAAAUUACUUUCAGAUAAGUAAGUCUUCUGGUGUCCUGCAAACAAAGGGUUUGGGCUUUGACAGAGAAGUGCAAGAGAAAUUUGAUGUUGUAAUUGAGGUACGAGAUAACAGAAAUCCACCCAGAGUAUCUCAAACUAUGGUAAAAGUUAAAGUAGAAGAUGUCAAUGAUAAUCCACCAGAAUUCAUAAACACACCAUAUUAUAUUAUAGUUCAGGAUGGACUAGAGCCUGGUGAUGUUAUUUUCCAGGUUACAUCCAUAGACAAAGAUUCUGGGAGAAACAGUGAACUAACGUACUGGUUAGCAGAGGAAUAUAAGUAUUUUAGGAUUGACCCAAAUUUGGGAGAUAUCAUUUGGAAACAGCCCUUCGACUUUGAAGCCUUGAGUCAAUAUACUGUGACAGUAGGAGUGAUAGACCAUGGGCAACCUCCUUUCCAAGCAGAAGAGGAAGUAAUAAUCAUUCUAAGAAACAAAUCACAUCCUAUAUUCCAGAGUCUUUACUAUAAAGUAACAGUUCCAGAAAACAUUCUAGUUAACACUCCUAUUUUGCACAUACAGGCCCGCAGUCCAGAGGGCUUUCGUGUAAUUUACAAUAUAGUGGAAAAUGAGGUUUUAGUUCUGUUUAACAUCGACUUUAAAACUGGAGCUCUGAGUAUUGCAAGCCCACUUGAUUAUGAGACUAAAACAAAAUAUAAAUUUACAGUCAGAGCCACUGACACUACUUUGGGAUUAUAUUCAGAAUCUAGAGUCUCAGUAGAGGUUGAGGAUGUAAAUGAUCAUGCUCCAGUCUUUUCUAAAUUGGUCUACUUGAGUCAUGUUAUGGAAAAAUUGCCUCCACAUAGACCCUUCAUUCAGGUGGUAGCAACUGAUAAAGAUUCUGGACAAAACCAACAAGUAUCAUACCACAUUUUAGGAAACAACACAGAUGAUGCUCUUGAGUUCUUUCAUAUCGACUCCAAAACAGGUGAAAUAACAACAGCUCAAAAAUUGGAUUAUGAAUUGAGACAUCAGUUUCAAUUUAGAGUCAGGGCAAUAGACAAUGGAAAUCCGCCUCUACACGCAGAUGCUGUAGUCAUUGUAAAUGUCUCUGAUGUGAAUGACAAUCCUCCAGAGUUCACUCAGCAACAAUAUGAAGCAAAUGUAAGUGAACUUGCAAACUGUGGCCACAUUAUCAUAAAAGUCCAGGCUCUUGACCAAGAUAGUAUAGACACUGGUAAACUUGAGUAUCUAAUUCAAUCAGGCAACAACCAUCGGCAUUUCACCAUAAAUAGAACAUCUGGUGUAAUAUCCAGGUCUAACCUUUGUAAAAAUAGUUUAAAUCUAUCUUACCACCUUCUAGUUUCAGUGUCAGAUGGAGUCUUCAGGGCCAGUGUACCGGUUUAUAUUAAUGUCAACCAUGCCAAUAAGUAUAGUCCAUCAUUCCAGCAAGACAUGUAUGAAGUCGAACUGGCUGAAAAUAAAGAUGCAGGCACAGGAGUAAUUGAGGUGGUGGCAGUAGAUUCUGAUGAUGGUCCCUAUGGCAUUGUACAGUACACAAUAAUAAACAAGUUGGCCUCUGAGAAGUUCUCAAUUGAUAGUGAUGGACAUAUAGCUACACUGGCUAAACUUGACCGUGAGAAUUCCACUGAGAGAGUUAUAGCUAUUAAAAUUAUGGCCAAGGAUGGAGGAGGUAGGGCAGCCUUCUGCACAGUAAAAAUAAUAUUAACUGAUGAGAAUGACAAUCCACCUCAGUUCAAAGCAAUGGAGUACACAUUAUCUGUGCAGUCAAACCUCAAUAAAGGUACCCCUGUAAUUAAAGUAGUUGCCUUUGAUGUAGAUGAAGGACUAAAUGCGGAUGUCACUUAUUCACUUAACACAUCUGAUGAAGAUUUAUUUCAGAUAGACCCUACAAGUGGUGUUAUCACAGCUAAGGAAAGCCUUCUUAAAUUAGAAAAUCAAGCCAUAAGUUUUAUUGUCAUAGCAAAAGAUGGUGCAAUACCACACUGGAGCUCAGGUGUCCCUGUUUAUCUUCAGAUAGUGCCAAAAGAAGUCCCUUUACCCAGGUUUUCUGAACCUCUAUAUAGCUUCUCAGCAUCUGAAGACCUGCCCAUGGGUUCCGAAGUGGGUCUUGUGAAAGCAUUAGCCGUAGAGCCAAUCAUUUAUAGCCUUGUGGAAGGAACUACUACAGAAAGCAAUAAAGACUGGGUAUUUUCCAUGAAUAAGCACACAGGAGCCCUAAUUAUGAAAAAAGGUGUUGACCAUGAGAAAACCAAAUGGUAUCUAAUUGAUGUGCAGGCAAAUUGUACUCACCAAGGCAAAGAGUUAAUAUCCCUAGUGCCAGUAAGCAUACAGGUAAAGGAUAUAAAUGAUAACCAGCCUGUUUUUGAGGCAGAUCUAUAUAGAGCUUCCAUGACUGAGAAUAUGCCCUCUGGAAGCACUGUUAUACAGGUCACUGCUAAUGACCAGGAUACAGGAAGUGAUGGGAUGGUCACCUAUAGCCUAAAAGCAGAUUCAGCAGAAAUCCAGCAGAUUUUUACCAUUGACAGUGAUAAAGGAUGGAUCACAACAUUAAAAGAAUUGGACUGUGAAAAACAAGAUGUCUAUCGCUUUUAUGUUGUGGCAUCAGACCAAGGCAGCAAAAUACAGCUAUCCUCAGAGGUCCUGGUGGAAGUGACAGUGACGGAUGAUAAUGACAACCCCCCAUAUUUUACCUCUCAAAAUUACAAGGGAUCCGUAACUGAGAACAGUGAACCAGGACAAGUCAUAACCACCUUCAAAAUUUGGGACAAAGACAUAUCUGAGAGUAACAGAAAAGUGACUUGUUAUAUCACAGAUGGAGACCCUUCGGGCCUAUUCAGUAUUGAUAAAGCCGGAGACCAGUGGGUUAUCAAGACUAAGAAGCCCCUGGACAGAGAGAAAGAAGAGAAACACCUUCUGCAAGUGACUGCAUCAGAUGGCAAAUUCCAAGCUACUGUUGGCAUUGAAAUAAUUGUGCUUGACAUCAAUGACAACAGUCCUGAGUGCCUGCAGAUGAUUUACACAGCAACGGUUUCUGAAGAUGCACCUCCAGGACUAUUUAUCACUAAAAUAUCAGCUAAGGAUUCGGAUGCUGAAAAUAAUGCACAAUUAUCCUACGCACUUUAUGGUCUUGGGGAUAACCUAUUCCGACUAGAUCCGAAUACAGGGGAGCUGACAUCAUUGGCACCUUUGGACAGGGAGCAGCGGUCAUCAUACAAGCUUGUUGCAAAGGCUACUGAUGGUGGAGGGUUGUCCUGUCAAGUGGAUGUAAUGCUGAGCCUUCAGGAUGUAAAUGACAAUAGCCCUGUCUUUUCUAUGAUUCACUACUCUGUGACAGUUUUUGAUAACACUACAGUGAAAACUCCUAUUGUUGUAGUCUCUGCCAGGGAUCCUGAUGAAGGAUUAAAUGCAGAAGUCCUGUAUUCUCUUCUGAAUUCAGCCAAUGGUCUCUUUUUAAUUGAGGAAGCCACCGGAAUCAUUCAUUUAGAAAGACCUCUAGAUGACAUGGAGGAUACUGUCAUUGACCUAAAAGCUUGUGCUUCGGAUCGCGGAUUCCCCUAUCCACUCUCAACUUGCACAGACAUUACUGUGUUUGUAGCCUCUCUGAGUCGUUCAGUUUUUGGGAGCCCUGAAAAAAUCAUAAAUGUUGCAGAAGACAAAGCAGUGGGGUCAGAGUUGUUAAGUUUAUCAGAUCUCACCCACAGCAGGGAAGAGAUCAUAGGAAUUAAAUAUGAAAUCUUGAAUGGAAAUGAAAAGGGCAUUUUUCGUCUUGCUACAGACACAGGUAGUUUAUACUUGAACAAUAAUUUGGACUUUGAAACCGAUCAUCAGUACUAUCUGUCAAUAGAAGCCACAAGUGAUGACUAUCCUCCGCUCAGUGACGUGACUGUUGUGAUUAUUAAUGUUUCUGAUGUUAAUGACCAUGAACCCAUAUUUAGCAAGGAGGAUUAUGUUGCAGAGAUAAGGGAGGAUGCUGUGGUGGGAGAUUUUGUUCUUGCGGUGCCAGCCUUUGACCGGGAUGGACCUCAAAACAAUAAAAUUACAUAUGCCAUAAUGAAAGGAGAUCCAUUAGGACAUUUCUCAAUACACCCAGAAUGUGGUGAGAUUAGAGUCUUGAGCGUUUUGGACAGAGAGCAGAUGUCCACUUACCCCCUGGUAAUCCGUGCUAUAGACAAUGGUCGACCAGCUCAUUUUAAUGAAGUGCUAGCACGAGUCUACUUGUCUGAUGUGAAUGACAAUCCUCCUAUAUUCUCCCAGUCCAGCUACAGCUUAGUCAUUCGGGAUGGUGCUUCUAUUACCACCACAUUGGUGAAACUUAUUGUGACAGAUAACGAUUCUCCCAAGAAUGGCCCUCCUUUUCACUUCAGGAUCAUAGGAGGAAAUGAGGGCAAUGUGUUUAAGAUUAGUCCUGAUGGUGUCUUGUCUAACAUUGCUGUUCCAAAGCGAGUAACCAAAGAGAAGUAUCUCCUGGAGAUCCAGGUAACAGACAAUGGAAUCCCACACCUUUCCUCCAGCACCUUUGUCAGCAUCCAAGUUAUUGAUCAAAGCCAUUACUGUCCUGUGGUUCUACCCUUGGAAAUAUUAAUAACCACCAGUGAGACAGUCUUCCAUGGCAGUGUUCUGGGCAAACUACAUGCCACAGAUCAAGACCCACAUGAUACUCUUAUGUACAGCUUGGCUGCAGAAGAAAUUAAGAAGGGACAAUUUUCUGUAGGACAUGCUGAUGGAAAAAUUAUGGCUCUUGAAAGUCUUCUACAAGGACAUUACAAUUUUAAUGUUACAGUCAGUGAUGGCACUUUUUCCACCUCAGCUCCAGUCCAUAUCAAUGUGUGGUGCUUUACCAAGGAGACCCUGAAAUUAUCACUGGUUCUGCGAUUCAAGGACUUAUCCCCAGAAGAGUUUAUCGGAGACCACUGGCGCAGCUUGCAGAGGUUUAUUGGUAAUUUGCUUAAAGUAGACAGACAGCAAAUUCAUAUGGCCAGCCUCCAGAAAUAUGAAGAGGCAUCCUAUUUGGAUCUUCUUUUGUUGGCUGGAGUGGGACAAAGUUCUGCCACUAAUCCACUUAUUCUUGCUGAAAAAAUUACUAGAUCGGCUCAUGAUUUAAGUCAGGCACUUGGUUUACAAGUUGAGAAAAUGUUUCAUCUGCCCUGCCAAAAUCUUCAGUGCCAAAACCGUACCUGCCAAGAGUUGAUAUAUCUGGAUCCCACAGUGUUAUCAUCUUACAGCACUGCAAGGCUCAGUGUAAUAACACCCAGGCACACUCUGCAACAAGACUGCACUUGUAAUGGCCAAGCAGUGAAGUUUGACAGGAGCAGUUUCGUGCAACACAUCAGUGAGUUUGGCUGGAACUGGAAGAUUGAAUUUGGUCUUAAAACUCAUCAGUCCGACUCUGUUCUAGUUUUUGCCAAUGGGUCAACUACGUUUGAGCUAAAGAUGCACAAUGGGGCUUUACACUUCAAACAGCAAUGCGUAGACAAUGUCAUGCAGGAAUUGGUCUCAGAAGUAACAUUAAAUGAUGGAUAUUGGCACAAUGUGUUACUGGAGGUAACUGGACCCUUUGUCCUGUUCAGACUUGAUGAUAAUGACAACAGGCAAUCCAUUAAACCUUGUCCUACCCAGUCAUCACUUCUAAACCUGUUUAUUGGUGGAGUCAUCCAAGAAUCAGGCUAUGUCUCCAAUGGAUUUCAAGGCUGUCUGGAUGACAUCAGUAUUAAUGGACAAACCCUUUCAAGUCUCGGGCAGCCUGUGAGUAAGAAAGGCAUUGUACCAUGCUGUGAGAAACAUGGAGCCUGUACCAAUGAACCCUGCCCAGCUGAUAAAAUAUGUGCAGAGUUGCCAAAUGGAGGUUAUGCAUGCCUCAGCCAUUCUCUAUUCAAUGAUCAGGGAACUGACCCCUGCAAACCUUCCCAUUGCUUGCACAGUAGAGUCUGUGCCCCCAUCUCCAACGGAUACACAUGUAGUUGUCCACCAGGACACACUGGAGUCAGAUGUGAAAGUGAAACAAAUGGCUGCUUGGACCCUUCCUGCCAAGCCAAUGAUCGGUGCAACCACAGCAGUGCUUGUAAUUGCACAGAUGCAACCCAAGGAGGGCACUGCACAGAGAGUGUGACCCCUGCUACAAAUAGUAGAUAUGUUUUGGUGUCUGGACCUCAGGAGAUAGUCGAAAUUUUCGGAGGACUCCUUGCUGUUUUGUUUCUUGUUGGGCUCUUUGUGGUCUUCAGAAAGCGCAUAUGCCAGAGAAAUGAGAGCCAAAAACCAGCCCCUCAGGAGGACCCAGAUUUAAAGCACCAUUUGUCCAGAGACUUAGGAGUUGGUUCUCCAAUGACUCUUAUGGAACUUAGCAUCCUCAGUCCUUCCGGUCGUACCCAGUUGGAUGCAGAAGGGCAAACACGGCCUCAGCCAAUCCCAGAGCUUCUCACAUUCUGCAAGCCGCAAGGUGGUAGAGAACCAGCUGUUUGCAGUGUGGCUCCUAAUCUACCUCCAGCACCUCCAUCAAGCUCAGAUAAUGAGUCCAUUGCCAAGAACCACUGGGACUGCGAAGACAGUAGUACUGGGGAUAAUCCAUAUUGGCCACAUAGCUAUUCGCCUGCAGACGGACAAGGAUUCAAAACCUAUGAUUCUCUUCAGAACACUUAUGCUCUACCUCAGCGCAGUUCAGCCCCUCCUGUUCCACCUCUUCCUAAAGGAACAAAGUCUGAGAAUCUGUAUGGGGGCUUUCCAUUUCCACUGGAGUCCAGCAACAAAAGAGCCCCCAUACCUGCUUGUUACAGCAACAGCACACUGGAUGAUUUUCUUCCUCAGCCGCCUCACUGCCUAGACCAGUAUACUGCAAUAAGCUACUAUCCUUCUCAGCUUCUCAAAUCUGAGGGCUUAUCUCAUAAGUCUGAUGAUGGCUAUCGGCGUCUGAGUGUGCGUCUGAGCGUGGCUCAGCCUUCCUAUGCAAACUGUAGCCCUCCACCCAUGCCACCUCUAAAUUACCAGGCUGCUAAUAUGGCAGAAAGUGACUAUGGUAGCUCUGAGGAAGUGAUGUUUUAAAAGGAAUAGACAUAAGUAGAGACCAAGCUUGAGGUUGGGCCUUCUCUCACAGUGUUAAUGAAUCUUCUUGGAGAUCCGUCUGACUGAGGAGAGUCAUGGAGCACUGAUGGGAGUUUUUGUACGAUGCUGCUGGACAAGCAUUAAGGAAAUCAAUGCAAUAGCCUUGUGUGCUAUGAAGUAGAAUAAUAUAGGCCAGGAGAGAAGCACAUUCAGUGAUAAAAGAGCUGCCAAUACUGUUUUUUAUACACUAGACUUGCUUGUUGACUUGUACCUAAAAAACUGAAUAUGUUUUUUGUAUUACCUCUAGGAGGAAGCAAAGAUAUCAGCUUUUUCUCUAGUUACAAGGCCACUAACUUAGUAGCCAAGACUUGUGCUUAGACAGCCACUUGUUUAUACAACAUGACUACAAAGGGUAUAUUGCAGAUGCCAGGUGCAAUGUUUUGGUCUACACAAAAAGAAGUGCACUGUAAAAUGAUGCAUUGAAUUUAUCAGUAUUGCGAGAAUCAUGGCAGGUCCAAGAUCAAAUUUUGAUAGCCUUGUUGUGUUACUUGUAUGGUGUUGGACUCGGGCUUGUCUCAGUUUCAUAAGGCCUUACAAUGAAGACCAAACAUGGCUAGUACAAAAUAAUGAGAACGCCUGACAUCAUAAGUCAUGUAUUGUGCCUACUGUUCUGUAUGGACAUGGAAGCUGAUUUACUACCAUAGUUACUAUAUUUACUAUCCAUAGCAAUCAGAUUUUUGUUCAUCUUUUGUUCUGACUUGUAAUAAUUGCUGAGAGAUUGCUGCUGAUAUUUGCACUAAUGCAUUUUAACACCUACAAUAUUAUUCAUUUAUAAUGCAAUAACAAGAACCUGUAAAUGAUGUCCUUAGUGAUGUAAUCAGUUAUCGGUGGUAGUGAUGUCAUUUCUGUCACAUGACUCGCUGAAAUUUGUGCCUUAUAAUAAAUAAUGUAACCCCCAAAAUAUGAGAAUUUUACAAUAGGGGUAAAUUAUUCACUAAAUAAACAUUGGUGCUAACUUGCAUAAGUGCCACUAGCAACAACUCAGGUAUUUGCUUUCAUUUGCUAAGUUGUAGUUGACUGUUCAAAUCUGAUUGCUGAUUGGUUGCUCUUGGCAAUUUCCCUUUUUAUUUUGUUGGAAAACCAGCCCCAUGGGCUCAAACAAGAAUUGGCAUUGUGUUGUUUUGGAGCUGAGUCAGUAACUUGACUCAGACUUGGAUGCCCAACACUAAUCUAUGCUUCACAUUUUAAUGUUACACUGCCACUUCUAGCAUUGCAUUUUUUAAUUGUGUGUAUAUAGCUGUAUUUUUCAAAAAGGAAAAAAAUAAAGUAUUAUUUUUAUAAA